ACCAGUUCUAACUGCAAUCAAGAAACAGCAAUGAGUCAUCCGCCAGUUUCCUGUAUACCAAACACUGCUAAAAUGUCGAAAGCUAAAAAGAUAAUUGAAGAAGCGAAAGAAUUAAACAACCCAGAAAUUGAUUUGGUUGACAAAGGAAUCUCUAGCCUUGAUGAAAUACCAGGCCUAUUUACUCUAGAGUACAUUACGAGAUUGACUUUGAGUCACAAUAAACUGCAUGCAGUACCAGCAGGUCUUGCGAAUUUGAUAAACUUGGAGAUCUUGAAUCUAGCAAACAACCACAUAGAAGAGUUGCCAGUCAGUCUAUCGUCUCUGCCAAAACUUCGCAUUCUAAAUGUCUCUCUCAACAGACUGUAUACCUUACCAAGAGGGUUUGGUGCAUUUCCUGUUUUGGAAAUCUUGGACUUGACUUAUAACAAUCUAAAAGAAACAACUCUACCUGGAAAUUUCUAUAUGAUGGAAAGUCUCAGAGCCCUAUACCUAGGUGACAAUGACUUUGAAUAUUUACCUCCAGAGAUUGGACAGUUGAAGAAUCUCCAAAUUUUGUCAAUGAGGGAGAAUGAUUUGAUUGAAGUACCAAGGGAACUAGGACAGCUGGCAAGGCUCCGUGAGUUACAUCUGCAGGGAAAUAGAUUGGUUGUGCUACCUCCUGAAAUAGGAUCACUGGACCUUGCAAGCAAUAAAUCAGUGCUGAGACUCGAAGGCAACUUCUGGAUUCCUCCAAUAGAAGACCAGCUCAAACUUGGACCAUCACAUGUUCUAGACUAUCUGCGGUCAGAGACAUACCGGGUUCUGUACAGCCGACACAAUUCGGCCAAGCCGCCUCCGCCGCCACAGACCCUCGACAAGAGCAAGAAAGCAAGCCGAGCUAGAUAAUAGUGUAGUUGUCUAAGUGGCACUCUGUUUACUUGUGGUGAUCAGACAAUUAUUAUAAUUUACAUACAUUACUAAAACAAUUAAACAAUAAAAGUGUAUGAUUAAAUGAAAAAUAAAAAGUG